UAUGAUUUCUAACAUUUUGAAAUCGAAGAAAUAACAACUCCUAUAAGAGGGUCAACAGAAUAUCACAUUGGGCAAAUUAGUCAAAUUCUCUCACUAUGAAACAAUUUUCAAAUAUUCUUUCUUUGCGGUUUUAUGUAACUUAGAAUUUUAUUGUCAUAGUUGUUAUUUCUUUGUACAGCUUAGACGUCAUCCAAUUUUAACAAUUCUUAAAAGAGAAGAACUUAAGAAGAUUCGAUUGGGCUGAACUUAAAUGGAUGGUUAUAGGUUUAAUCCUUAUUCAUGUAAACUUAAAAUUUUUAUAAAUUAAGAUCACUAAAGAAAUCAACAGAUAUUUGGUUUACGAUUAUGUUUCAAAAGCAUUGGAUAAAAAAUAUGUAGGUUGGGAUAGAUAAUUAAGAGUUUAAAAAAUUGUUAAAUGGAUUUAUGAUACUUUCUACUAUUCAGCGGCCACAAUAUUUGCAUACAUCGUCUUCAGAGAGGAGAAAUGGUUCCCAACCCAAUUGGGUGGCUAAAAUUUCACAGAAACUAUGUACGAUUUCCCCAAUAUGCCAGAUGUAUAAAUUUAAACAAUUCAUUUAGAAUCCUUGGGUCCCAUUUUAUUACAUGAUUUAGACUUCAAGUCACGUCCACGCUCUAUUAUUAUUGAUGUUCCAUGGUACAAAGAUAGAAUUAAAGUAUUGGGAAUAUUUACUACACCAUUUUCUUGCUGUGAGUUUGCUUUACUUCUCAACUAUUUAUAAUUGUGAAAGCAUAGGCAUAGUUGUUUUAGUACUCCAUGACAUAAGCGACAUCUUUUUGGCUUAUGGAAGAACCUAUGCUGAUAUUGGAAAGAACAAGAUCCUUGUUUACGUGAGUUUCUCAGCUAUACAAAUUUCUUGGCUUUACACUAGAGUCUAUGUCUUCCCUCUAAAGAUAUAUGAUAUCAUGGUUAAUCAUCCUGGCUUUCUACUUUACUGGUAUUAAUUCAAUUCUAUCAAAAUAGGGAAAAUACAAAACAUGCUUUAUACAAUCAGGUGGGUUUGAUGGUAGUUUUGUUUGGAAUGCACAUUUAUUGGACCAUUUUCAUGAUUAAAGUAGGCAUUGGAAUAUUCUCAGCUGGUAAAUACAAAAAUGUAUAUGAUAACAGAGAAAAUAAAUUAGAUCACAAAAAGGAAAAGUGA